AUGGAUGCAUAUUUUAUCUACCUGGCGAACAAGGUCGAGUCAAUUCGGAUAGGUUCGCCCCCCGAUGGUGUCGGUAUAUUGCGUGAAUUGCGUACCUUGGACCUGUGGCGGGGGGCACUUGCUGAAUUUAUGGCCACACUACUGUUCGUGUUUAUUGGGACAAUGUCUGCGGUGGCUGUAGGUUCGCAACACGACGACUCGUCCGAUUUAAACGAAAUCGAAAAAGCUGGACAAUACGUCAAGAUAGCCCUAACAUUCGGGUUCAUGAUCACUGUGUGUAUUCAAAUGGUGGGUCACGUGUCAGGUGGCCACAUGAAUCCCGCCGUUUCAUUGGCCAUGGCGGUGACAUUGAACAUCAGUUCCAUUCGGGCACUCCUGUAUGUGAUAGCCCAGUGUGCAGGGGCAAUUGCUGGGUCAUUCAUACUAAAGGGAGUAACGCCGCCUUAUCUUCAUGGCAAUCUCGGCGUUACAAGCGUCAACGGAGAUAUGAGCGUGGCCCAGGGAUUUGUCUGUGAGGCGUUGUUUACCUUCAUCCUAGUUAUGUCCAUAUUUGGUUGUACCGACCGUCAUAGACCCAUGUUUGGCAGUCCAGCUGUUGGCGUCGGGAUCACGAUUGCCGCUGUCCAUCUUGCUGCUAUUCCUUUUACGGGUGCCAGCAUGAACCCCGCUCGAUCUCUAGGCUCCGCAGUUGCUUCUAACUCAUUUGAUGGACAUUGGGUAUAUUGGCUGGGCCCUGUGGUCGGUGGGGUGCUGGCAGGUCUGGCCUACAAACACGUCUUGUGUCCGUACCGACAUAACCUCAGCUAUGAGGACACCAUUAAAGAGCUAGGAUUUCACCAAAACUUCCUUAAACACAAGGACGUCAUAACGGAAGUAGAUAUUAACCGACACUUCCUCAAACACGAGGACAUCAUAACGGAACAAGGUGUGUGCCAACACUUCCUCAAACACGAAGACGUCAUAACAGAAGUAGGUAUGUUACGACACUACCUCAAACUCAAAGACGUCAUAACAGAACUGGGUAUUGACCGACACAACCUCAAACACUAA